AUGGGUCCAUCAGUAUUGCCACAAUCUCUUGCGAGGUUUGGCUCCUUUCUGCUUGCCUUAUGCUCUCUUCGCCUUGGAUUCUUUGUGGUGUUGCAGAGCUCUGCUUGCCUCGGCUCACCUCCGUCGGCUCUCUUCGCAUCGCACUUGGGAACAUCUUUGCCGCCCAAGAGGAUGCAUCGACCAGGGGCGCCAGUGGUUGCUGCUGGUAUAGCCUGGAUGGGACUUCCCACGCCUGUACUGGAUCCCCUGUAUCUCGGAUCUCCCUUGCCCUUGCGAUCUCUCGCCCACGUCGAAGCUGCCUCGCCGGCUGGAAGCCCAGCCUCGAGCUGCCUCUUCUAG